UUAUGUUUGUUUCUAGCAUUACAGUUUCAUGUAAGCGACCCUAUCCCCUUUCGCUCGCGGAUUUCAGCGACAAGCAAGAAAAAAAACAUACAAGCAGAAAAGUGUAGUGCGGUGCAGCUUAAGGGAAAUCGUUCCAAAAUAUCUAGUGUGCUUUUUGUUAUUGUGUUCUGUGAAUGCAUCGCUUCCUGGCUCGUGACCCAACAGCCAACUGAUGAGUCUCAAUUGUUUUCAUUAACGCAACAAAAACCCCGCCCCUCCCUCCUGCGUUCUAUCUGCUGGCCACUUCACGCCCGUUCUGGUCAGCUUUCAGUUAUUCUGCUGAUCCACAACAUACGCGCAUAUCAAAAGCUCCGACUACAGCUCCACUACUCAUAUCCGCAAUGGCAAGCAAUAGUUUUGGCAGUGCCGUUGGUGGAGGCGUGGCAGGUGUGAACUCGGAUCUGUGGCGCGAGUGUGUUGCAUGGCUGAUCAGGUGUAAGGUCAUCCCGAGCGACCACAAAGCCGCUCAGUCGGAUGCCGAGAUCCGGAGUCUGGCGAUGACAUUGCGAGACGGAGUGCUGCUAUGCAACCUAGUCAUGUUUCUGGAACCUAACAGCAUGGAUUCGCGUGAGCUGCAUCGCAAGCCACAAAUGGCACAGUUUCUGUGCAGCAAGAAUAUCAAAUUGUUUCUGGACGUGUGCCGCAACAACUUCGGAAUCCGGGACGCUGACCUUUUCGAACCAACAAUGUUGUAUGACCUGACAAAUUUCCAUAGAGUGCUCAUCACGCUCUCAAAGUUGUCACAGUGCCGUAAGGUGCAACUUAUGCACCCGGAUCUUAUUGGCUUCAAUCUGCAGCUGUCGCCCAGUGAGCGUUCCCAUUCAGACGAAGCCAUCUACAAGGACCUGCAUUCCACCGAUCUUAACAUGCGAAAGGCAAGCAGCAUCGACGCAUCCGGCUCGUCGUCGACGGAAUACUAUGACCUCAACUCGCAGAGUGGAUCGUUGUCGGUGGAGGACGAGAACAGCGACAUCACCAUCGAGAACGGUACCGAGGAUAUUGACGAUUACAUCGAAGACUCGCUCUCCAACAUGUGUGACUCGGCCAUCGAUCCCGAUGGGUAUGGAGGGGACAUGGAUAAAGGCUCUCUGUCAGCCGUCCAGGGUAGCAAUUCAUGCGGUCUCCCCUUCGAUUCCACCCUCGAUGCAGUUGGCUCCACCUCGGACUCCGCCUCGGCAGCGGUCACGCCCACACCGGAAUCCUUUGACCAGAAAAACAAGUCACUCAUCCCAAGUGCUGCUGCCACCGCGCCUGCUUUCAAUUCCGAUUUCAAUGCUCCCGGGUCUUCGAUGGAGCGACUUAUAUCCAGCUCUUCGUCUUCCACAUCUCUUUUCAUCAGCGAGAGCCAGCGGCUGCAGCGGGCAGCUGCCGCUGUUUACAACUACCGCUCUUCGAUGGCAUCGACGGAACACGAGUACGCCUACAUUUACAGCGAGGACGACGACAAGGUCUACGAGGAUCUAUGCUACGUCACCUUCCAGACGAUAAACAAACCUGAGGUUACCACCGACAAUAUUGCAUGCAAUGGAACUGGUUACGAUCACACCAACACAAAAGAAGAGGAGGUGUACCAAGACCUGUGCGCGUUGCACAGGACGAGUAAAAGCCAGACCACAUCGCCGACGAGCUUGGAGCAGCGCGACUACGUAAUUCGGGAGCUGAUAGACACUGAGUCCAACUACCUAGACGUACUCAACGCGCUGAAGACCAAGUUCAUGACUCCACUGGAGCGUCAUCUCAGCCAGGAAGAGCUGCGUACCAUCUUCCCACGCAUUCGAGAACUUUCUGACAUCCAUACCAGUUUCCUAGAUAAGCUCCGAGAGUCGCUGCUACCGAAUGCAAAUAAGAAGAUGGCCCGUUUUCUCGAAUUUCGCGAGUCAUUCUUGAUUUACGGCGAAUACUGUUCGUGCCUGCUUCGCGCCAUCGACUUCCUCGCGGACGUGUGCAAGAAAAACCAGAUCAUCGAUCAGUUGGUGCAGAAGUGCGAGCGCGACUACAACGUGGGAAAGCUGCAGCUGCGCGACAUCCUGUCGGUGCCUAUGCAGCGAAUCCUUAAAUAUCACCUAUUGCUGGACAAGUUGGUGAAGGAGACGUCGCCGCAGCACGAAGACUAUCGUUCUCUUGAGCGUGCCAAGGAGGCCAUGAUUGAUGUGUCCCAGUACAUUAACGAAGUGAAGCGAGAUUCCGAUCACCUGGUCAUCAUUCAGAAGGUGAAGGAUAGCAUAUUCGACCUCCACCUGCUGCAAAAUGGCAACGGUUGCGAUCUUCUACAAUUUGGGCGGCUGCUCCUAGACGGCGAACUUAACAUUAAAGCUCAUGAGGACCAGAAAGUUAAGCUGCGCUAUGCUUUCGUCUUCGACAAGAUCCUUAUAAUGGUUAAGGCCCUUCACAUUAAAACGGGCGAUAUGCAAUACACCUAUCGUGACUCGCACAAUUUAGCCGACUACCGAGUGGAACAGGGGCCAUCCCGCCGUUUGCUCGGCCGCGAUACCCGCUUCAAGUAUCAGCUCCUGCUGGCACGCAAAUCCGGGAAAACAGCUUUCACCCUGUACCUCAAGACGGAACCUGAGCGGGAUAAGUGGCGGAAAGCGCUUACCGAAGCCAUGGAAAGUCUUGAACCGUUCGGCUGUCGAAGUACAGACCACAAAAUGGAGAUAUUUACUUUCGAUCAACCAACUACGUGUCGGCAUUGCUGCAAGUUUCUUAAGGGUCGCAUUCACCAAGGCUACCGGUGCAAAGUAUGUCAGAUCAGUGUACACAAGGGCUGCAUCUCGUCAACGGGCCGCUGCCAGCAGAAUCUUGUGAGUGUGCCGCCGCCCGUAUGCGACAGGCAGCUAUCCGCAUUUAAUUGGUUCGCGGACAACAUGGACCGCGAAACGGCAGCACAACGGCUGGAGAAUCGUCGCAUCGGUACCUAUUUGCUGCGCGUCCGUCCCCAAGGUCCGUCAACUGCCCACGAAACGAUGUAUGCUCUCAGCCUGAAAACCGAUGAUCAUGUAAUUAAGCAUAUGAAAAUCAACCAGGAGAACUCCGGCGAUUCCAUGCUCUACUGCCUGUCCUCGCGACGGCACUUCAAGACCAUCGUUGAACUGGUUUCCUAUUAUGAACGCAACGAUCUUGGGGAGAACUUUGCGGGACUCAAUCAGUCCCUGCAGUGGCCCUACAAGGAGGUAAUCGCAACCGCUUUAUACGACUUUGAGCCAAGGGCUGGCAGCAAUCAGCUGCAACUGCGCACCGAUUGCCAGGUUUUGGUCAUAGGAAAGGAUGGCGACAGUAAGGGAUGGUGGCGUGGAAAAAUCGGAGACACGGUGGGUUACUUCCCAAAGGAUUACGUCCAGGAGCAGAAACCGGCCAGCGAAGAGCUUUGAUACUAUAACUACGAGGUCUACUUUGCACCCAAAGCCAUCAAGCCCACAAAGGCAGCCAUUGCCGAAUUACCAGAAGAAGGAGCUAGAGCUGGAUCUGAUCAUGAAGAAACUCUCGAGGAGAGGGUGACCAGUAUCAACAACUGCAGCUAUAUUGCAUCCUAGUUAAAUAUGUAUAUGUGAAUUUACAAAUGUGUAUUAUUUAUCAUUAAGGUUUUUUUUUUAAUUUUUGUUUAUCGUUUUUUGUUUACCAUUUAUUUUGUUAUCUCGAAACACUUGUGCCAAUCCCUUCGACAAUUAGAACACCCAAAUCGAAACAAAAAAGUAUAUAGCCAAACACAAGUUAAAACAGAAAAAAAAAAAA